UACUUUACUAACCCAUUCUUGUGAAAAGAAACUGUGUUAAAUCUACACUAUACAUUGGAUAUAGUCCUCACCCGCUGCUACUCAACUUACCCGCUUAUUUAAUAUUUAGUGCCUAGAUACAUUUGCUAGAGCACGCUUAGAGGAUAAUCUAGUUUUCAUAACUUAGCACCCCUAUAACCUUCAAUCGAGAUCAAAAUGCCGUUCCAGGCUCAGGAGGCUGCCCGCUGCCCGAAGUGCGGACACCAAGUGUUCGCUGCCGAGGAGAUGCUAGCUGGUGGUGCCAAGUGGCAUAAGAUCUGCUACACCUGCGGAUUGUGCCGUAAGAGGCUCGACUCCACCAAUGCUACCGAGCACAACGGUAUGUUGUGGUGCAAGAUCUGCUACAGUAGGAAGUUUGGACCUAAAGGCGUCGGCUUCGGAUGCGGUGCUGGAACCCUGAAUAUGGACAAGGGAGAGGUGUUCGGCAACUUUGAGUCCUCUUCCAACAAGCCCUUGGAUCCUUACUAUGGAAUCAAUUCCAAGUUCUUCCAGUUCAAGUAAAUUCCUUGGCUGAAUAUCUCAUCUCAGGCGAAGGUAGACUUCGGAACAACGAUGGCCGUCCAGGCUUUUGGGUUCUGAAGAACCAUCACCGCCCUUCUCCCUUUCCCCUAGCAAAUGAACAUAUCUCUACACAACGGAAUUUUUUAGACUAUAGAAACGCUCUUAAGGCAGUGUAGCCGACAUAAGGCCACUGAUCAGACAGCAGAAGCAAAGAUCGAUGAAAUGAGGAUUACGACGAAGUUGCAACAGACUGACUGACGAACAGGAGUUAACCUCUCGGCUCUCCAAUGCCCCGUUUGAUAGCACCAUUUCCCCUAAUAGCCAACUUGUCUUUCUGCGCUAUGCUUGUGAAUACGAAGUCUACUUCAGGCGCGGUGCAGGGGCCCGGAUAGGCGGGCUCCGGCCGGCCCCGCGUUACCCGAGGGUAGUUUCUCCACCUUCAGGCGCGAGGCACUUUUCGGAUCGACCGCGAACGCCCAACGAGGAUAAUCGAAGCGCGUAGCGACGCCCGGAAGGACCCCGCACGUGCUUUAAGUCGACCUCACCAUCUCCCCCAAUGCACAAAGGGGGCCGUAUCUACAGCUCCAGCGACAUACCACAAUCCAAAUCACACCUAAUUAGCCUGCGGUUUCCCACCUUGCCAUAAGCUUCCUAUUGUUCAGCAUAGUGUAACAUCCACGAUCCUAAACUUAAUCCGGACAGUACAUCUCUUGUGUAAAAGAUGAACCUGCAAGUGACAAGAGAAUACGACUUAGAUUCAGAUCAGCACCCCGGCCGCUUUAUUUGCUUCCCUUUGAAACUUGUUCCUUUCGAGAAUGCGAGUAGGAUAGACUGAGCGUAGAUAGUAGAGGCCAUUAUCAUCUAAUACAACCAGCCCACCUCGAGCCAACAUCCUUACCAAACGACAUCUUCAUAACUAGAUGAUAAUAACGAUACAAUGAGAUACGAUAUGCAACGUGUUUAAUGAUAAAGCGAUGCAACGACUACGAGAUUGAUCGGACCAUCUCGAGUAUAAUAACUAUUGCCAUCAACGACGACGACAAAGAAUGAUAGUAAACAAACGAAAAACAACAACAAACAAGCGAUGUUAACAACAGCAACAAUUGCUGGUGCCAGAGAACUGGCAAAACGGAUGUCACCCGCUAAGACAAAAGCGGGGUGCAAGCAACUCUAGCCUCCACUUUGUAAACAUUAACGACAAGAGUAAUCAUAAUAAUAAUAAUAAUAAUCAACGGCCGAAGCGUUCGUGCUUAUGAAGUUCGUCCGCUGGUUGAAAAAUGGAAAAGCAGAAAAAUAAACACCAACAGAUGUUAAUAAAUAUUUUUACUGUUAAAGCA